UUCCGAAUGAUGCUGAGGGACCGUCGAAGUCGCAUCGUUACGUGUUUAGGGUCAUAACAGCAUAGAUAUUCUGCCAGAAAGGAUAAUUGGAAGCCACAAAGUGGGAGACAAUGGACGAUCAAUACUCAGUGCGGUUCUUUACCUCCUUUGUAGAGAAGCUUCAAGGAUUGUGCAAAAGUUACUUGAAGUACAGUCAGUUUGUGGAGGUCAGUGGCUAUGUGUGUGUGGAGAUCGACAACAUGAAGAAGGAGAGAUACGUCCUCAGUGAACUGCUACAGAGCAGUGGUAAUGUGGUCAGUGAGAGCUUCUGUACAAAGUCAUUCAAAACUCCAGAGAACAGUCAGUCACAACGUGUGGAACCGUUGAGCAGGACAGAUGCGAGACAACCCAGACACAACAAACGAGGAUGUUAAGGUGUUCAGUCAACAGAGUGUCAGCUCUGUUACAAGUCAGUCUGUGUUCCCAAGCAGAGGAAGCUCUGAUUCCAUGGUACUACCUCAUUUUCCAGUGACUCAGGAUCCUCAUGAAGGGGGCUCCAGUUCCUCCCAGAGUGACAGAAAACCUAUUCUUGACAUUGGCCAGUUUAACCUCCACAAGCCCACUGCAAACAGGACUCUUUCUUGCUCUGAGAUGAGUUCCGACGAAGCACCCCAGAGCACAUUCCAACCCACUAGUCCCAGGAUUAAGAGAAGGAGAUUGUCAGGAUAUGCUGAGAGCACUCCACUGGUGUCUCCAGCAUCGGUCAGCAAUCAGUCCUGCAGUUCAGAAUCAGACCAAUGUGACCUUGUGGUCAAUGCUGCUUCACAGAUCAGUGAGGUGCAGGUAACGCUGCCAGACAGUCUGACCGAGGAUGUAGGAGACUCGGAGGAUCCAGGAUGCUCAAACACCGCAGAUGAUGAAGUCAUAGAUCUGGACAUAUUUGAUGAUGAACUGGCGAGCACUUCAGCAGACUUCAGCUCAUCCUUUCAAGAUCAAAGCUUCGCAGAUAUUACCCAGAAAAUGUCAUUUGACACUAGUAUGCUGUUUCAAGAGAAGCACAAGAAAACUCCAAAUCCAGGUUCUUUAAAUGUCUUGAAAUCUGUAGUGAAGCGAUUCAAGAAGUAUCACUUUGAGAAGUCUGGUCUGGAAUUUGAUUUGAUUUCUACCCUCCUAAAGAACUAAAUGAUCUGUUGCUGGACUAUCUUAUGGGAGCUAAGAAAGCCGAUGGGAGUGACUUAACUGUGGGUUCUCUGAAGAAUGCUCAAGUGUAUCUUGAAAGGUAUUUGAAACAAGAAGGUUAUCCUUAUUCGAUAACCAGGGAUGAUAGGUUCAAAGCCUGCAGGGACUACAUCAGGAACAAACAGGACGAGUGUGGGAAGGUCCGUGCAGCAAUAAAGCACGUCCCAAUAGAUGACAGUGAUGUAGAGGCCAUGUUCCAGAAGAAUCUUCUCGGAGGACACAAUCCAGACUCUCUCUUUAACACGAUGUGGUUCUUAAAUUCAAAAUAUUUCGCCAAAAGAAAACCAGGGGAACAUUUUAAUAUGAAAUGGGGAGACAUUUUAUUGAAGGUCACUGAGAAUGGCAAGGAGUACCUUGAACGUCCAAUAAACAGUUCCUUUUCUCUGAAAGUGUUUGCAAAGCCGGAAGAUCCUGCGAGAUGUUUUGUAAACUUUUACAAGCAAUAUAGAGACAAGAGACCCAUGAUGACUUUAGAUAAAGAGUGCCCUUUCUAUCUGAAGUUUAACAAAAUUCCAGGGAACCAGUUCAUGUGGUUCUUGCCCGAACAGAUGAUGUGGUCUCCGUUCACGUACAUAUGGAGGAAAAUAAUUGUAGCUUCAGGACUCCCAUUAACAAAGAAAAUUUUAUGAAGAAACUGACUGAAAUGACACUUCUUUAUCAGGUUAAUCAGGGGUGGAAAUAACCCAUUGCCCAACGCCCGAGUCCAGUGUUUUUUCUGUCGGGCAAGCAUAUUUGUAUAUCA